AUGGCCGACGAUCGGUACGGCGACGAGGAAAAUCCCCAGCCAUACAGCGCCAACAACCUCGACCCCCCCAGAAAGCGAAAGGCAGAGAACACAGAAGAACUUCCGCAACCUUACAACGCGAAGGAGCUCCAGCCCGCUAAACGCCGAGCCAUGUCGCCAAACGAGCACCAACCCCGCAAGCAGAAGCGUCCGGGCGCGCGCGCGCGCAUCUCCGAAGCCGAGCGAGAGGCCAUCCGCCAGCGAGCCCUCGAGAGAGAUCGCGCACUUGAAGCUGCCGCCUUGGCUGCACCUCUCGAGCCCCGUCAACGAGGCAUCAACGAUGUCGUGACGCAGCAUUACAACAGCGUCCCCGAACGAGGGCGCGAUUGGAGGAGAACCGACAGUAAGAUCAAGGGCCUCCGAUCUUUCAACAAUUGGGUCAAGAGCUGCAUCAUUCAGAAAUUCUCGCCUGACGAGGACUAUACUCCUGCGUCACGCGAACAGGGACGCUCGGGCGGCCACGAGCUGCUCGUUCUCGACAUUGGGUGCGGCAAGGGCGGCGACUUGGGCAAGUGGCAACAGGCACCUCAGCCCGUGCAGCUCUACGUUGGUCUUGACCCCGCCGAUGUCAGUAUCGACCAGGCGAGAGAGCGCUAUCGUCAGAUGAGCAGUCGUGGUGGAGGCGGACGUGGUGGUAGGGGUGGCCACAGGCGGCCCCCUCCCCGCAUACAAACGACUGCCAGUUCCAUGUCAAAGACUGCUACGGGAGGUCGUCUGGUUGGAUGCAUCCCCAAUUCUGACGUUCUAGGAGAGCAUAGAACCCCCGAGCCACCCGCCGAGGCCGAGGACGGUGAACUGGAGGAGGGCGAGGCUGAGGAGACCGCCGAAUGGGGCAACAGCAUCUACCGUGUCCGAUUUCCCGGCAAGACCCCCGAAGACGGCAUUUUCCGUCCUGCGUUCGGCUGGAAGUACAACUUCUUCCUCGACGAGGCCGUGGAGGAGGUUCCCGAGUACGUCGUGCCGUGGGAGGCGUUCCGUGCUCUGGCCGAAGAUUUCAACCUCGAGCUGCAGUACCAGAAAAACUUCAUGGAUGUCUGGAACAGCGAGAAGGAUGACCCCACGCUCGGUCCAUUGAGUGAGAGGAUGGGUGUGAGGGAGCGCGGCGGCGGCGACCUCCUGGUUUCGCCAGACGAGCAGGAAGCUGCGAGCUUCUACAUUGCCUUCUGCUUCUACAAGGUCUAG